CCGCGCCUGCGCAGUCCGGCUAGGCCGGCGCUGGGACGAUGAGGCUCCGGUCUUCGCUGUUCGCUUGCUGCGGCCUCCUGGGACUUCUCUUCGGGAUGGCCGUCUUCCUGCACGGAUUCUUCCCCAGCCCGUUGAAGUCAUUUGGAUCCGCGAAAGCCAAGGUGUCGGAGAUCCCGGGAGAGCCUGCGCUAGGUCUUGCUUCAAACUGGACAAAACUGCCAUCUCCGUUGUUUGGAAAGGUUGUUAUUAUGUUGGUGGAUGCUCUGAGAGAAGACUUUGUGUUUGGACCAAAAGGACGACAGUUCAUGCCAUAUACACGACAUAUGGUUGAACAUGGUUCUUCUCUCAGCUUUAUUGCUAAAGCUUGGCCGCCAACAGUCACAAUGCCCAGAAUUAAGGCAAUGAUGACUGGCAGAAUUCCUGGAUUUAUUGAUGUCGUCAUGAACUUGAAUUCUCCUACUCUGCUGGAAGACAAUCUGAUCUGGCAGGUAAAAAGUGCUGGAAAAAGAAUCAUGUUCUACGGUGAUGACACUUGGAUUCGACUGUUUCCAGAUCACUUUGUAGAAUAUGAUGGGACUACUUCUUUCUUUGUGUCUGAUUAUACUGAGGUGGAUCAUAAUGUAACACGCCAUCUGGACAAUGUAUUAAAAAGAAGUGACUGGGAUUUAUUAAUUUUGCAUUACCUUGGAUUAGAUCAUAUUGGUCAUCUGGCUGGACCAGAUAGUCACCUGGUUGGACCAAAACUCAGUGAAAUGGAUAACAUUGUUCAGAAGAUUCACAUGGAACUACUGUCCAAGCAAGGUGAAACGACUCUGACUAGUUUAUUGAUAUUGUGCGGAGAUCAUGGAAUGUCAGACACAGGUAGUCAUGGAGGAGCUUCAAGUCAUGAAGUGAACACUCCAUUGGUUCUUCUCAGUCCUGCUUUCAGCAAGAAAGAUUCAUUCACUGUUUCUGAAUAUGUUGAGCAGACAGACCUCACCUCCACUUUGGCGUUAGGACUGGGUUUGCCUAUUCCAAGGAACAAUUUGGGGUGUCUUAUCCUAAGGGUACUUGAGGAAAGGUCUUUAAGGGAACAGUUUAGAUAUUUGCAUCUUAAUGGAUACCAACUUAGUAAGCUGGUUCAAGAAAGUAUUCCUACAUAUGAAAAAGAUGUUGGGUACAAACUAUUUGGAAUAGCACAAAAAUCUCAUGGUUCCUGGAUAAAACUUUACUUCGAAGGUAAUACUUCAGAGACUCUCGCAAACCUAGGAAAGAAGGUAUUGAGGCAGUAUUUGGAUGCCUUGAAGUUAAUGAGUUCCUCACUUUCCAAAAUUGUGGCACAGUAUGAUAUGUACUCCAUGAUUAUGGGCACGAUUAUUGUGCUGGAGGUUAUUCUCCUUCUGAUAGUAAGUACUCCAGAUGCACUGGGCAGCACUGCUGAAUUUGAAGUACCAUUGUCAGCAGCAUUCUACUCCCUCCUGUUCUAUCUGCUGUGUCUGAUGUUGACAGCUAUUCAUAUUAUCGUAUGUACAUCGACAAAGACAUCUUGCUACUUUUGCAAUGUAUCCUGGCUACUUGUUGCAACAGUGAUUGUAUUGAUAUCUGCCCUGCAGUGUGUGCUGAUUUCAACUCUUUGGAAACGUCUUACAAACGGGAAGCCUCAACACAAGAGUUGUGCAGCAGCCAAUUCGAGCUGGUCUGAAUUAGAUUUGCUUCUGUUACUUGGGACAUUUGGACAUACCUUGAGCCUCGGAUCCAGCAGUUUUAUAGAAGAAGAACAUCAAACGUGGUACUUCCUUACCAACACGCUUUUGUUGGUGCUCUUUCAAGAUGUCUGCAGAAAAUACUUUGUAGCCAAUGACCUCAAAUCAAAACAAAGCAAGAAUCCAGAAGACGAUGAUUGCCAUGAACAGCAAACUGCUAUCCAUGGCUUAUUUGAAACUUCUAGUUGUGACCAGAAAGAUGAUACAUCCAAAGGUUAUACACGUUCAGGUGAAAGCUAUGAAAAGUGGCUGACUUUAUUGAGCCCCUGGAUUAUCCUAGUGUUUUGUCGGGUACUCCGCUCCCUCAACCAGACUGGGAUUAAAUGGGCUCACAAACCAGACUUUGGCCACUGGCUGACUAGCUCCAGUCACAGAACUGCACUCUCCAUACUGGCAGCAGUAUCGCUCUUUUUGAUCUUUAUUUUGGUUCAGAGGACAUGUUCCACUGUUUCUAAAGUAGCACUGGCACUGGGGUUGGUGGGAAUUUACUGCUAUCGGGCAGCAAUUGGAAACCUAACAUUCCCCUGGAAUCCAGAUAAACAUAUUUCAAAGGGAAUUAUUGAAGCACGUUUUGUUUAUGUGUUUAUCCUCGGAAUCCUUUUUACGGGAGUUAAAGACCUGUUGAAAUCUGCAUUCGCUUUUCCUGACACGACAACAAACAGGGGACUCUGGGAAAUGUACAAUGGACUUGUGCUCUUGGCUGCACUGCUUCUUCGCCCUCACAACUUGCCAGUCUUGUUGUUUAUCCUUGUCGUUCAAUUAAUUUUAACAAAAUUUAUAUGGAGAAUACUGGAUUAUGAUGCAGCACAAAUUACCAUAAUAUAUUACUGGUUUGGCCAGGCUUCUUUUUACUUUCAGGGAAAUUCGAAUAGCAUUGCAACUGUGGACGUAUCAGCUGGUUUUGUGGGUUUCGAGAAUUAUGUGGAAUUGCCAGCAGUCUUCCUUACACUAUUCAGCACUUAUAUAGGCCCACUACUGUGGGCUGUGCAUCUAACAUGUUACAUGAGCUCAGAAAGAAACAGGUAUUCUGCAGCAGUGGGGCACAGCUGUUACUGUUUAGUUCUAUUACGAGCAAUCCCAGCGUCAGUUUAUAUUAUUCUGGUUACCUCUCUUCGCUAUCAUCUAUUUGUCUGGAGUGUUUUCUCUCCAAAAUUGCUGUACGAAGGUAUGCAUACACUUGUGACAGCAGCAGCCUGUGUCAUGUUCACAGCAAUGGAUCAGAAACGGAUGAUAACAAACUUAAAAAAGUGAUCAAGUGUACUGGAUUCAUGUGUAUAUUUGUAAAAAUUUUCAAAAUCUAUAAUGUAAUUUCAGUUCUUGUGAAAGCAAAUAGUUGGGAUUGUGUGAAAUUGCAAUAUAAAACUAUCGCUUCUGUUUUAUAACUCUUAAACAUCUGCACCCAAAAGAACUUUUAAGAGGUGAAAGAGUAUGGACAACAAUGAAUCUAUUUUCUGCUGCUACCAAAGAUUAGUUUUAUUAUCUUACCCCAACCCUGAAGUUAUUGAACAGUGUCUUCCUUUUUGAGAGCAUUUAACACAUUGUAUAUGCGGGAUCUCUUUUUCGUAUGGGCAAACAGUUUAUUUUCACUCCUCUUUCCAUACUCUUCAGUAUACCUUUAUUUCAAAAACCUAUUUUUUUUGAAAAUAUAACUUAUGGACUUUAACAAAACAGGUUGUAGCAGCAAAUUUCAAAUAUCAAACAUUCUCUUUUUUAAACCAACCUCGUAAAAAUUCUGUUUUGGUGACUGCCUUAGAUUUGAACCCACCACGAUGUUUCAAGAAAUUUCAUUUGAAUUAAUUUUUGGUAGAACAGUUGGCUCUGGUCCAUGAGAAUACAUUAGCAAAGACCAACAGGUCUUAUGAGUCAAGUUUACAUAAUUCAGCAACCCCAGACCAACACUAAAUAAAUUCAUGCUUCAAAAAAUGUUAUUAAGGGCUAGAAUACUCAGCUCAUCAAUCUUGCCAUUGUUUUUGAGGUUUGUACUUUAUUAUAUGGCAUUUUAACUUGAAUUCACAUUAUUCUAAGUAAAUGAAAUUGGAUGAUUAAGCUUAAGCAGAUUAUUACUUCAGCCUCACCUGUUGUAUUGAGUCUAACUUAGUCCACGACAUCAAGAAUGGCAGAUCCUGCAGCAAUGGGAAACUAAAUGGAUAACUGGGAUUAAACAUGCAUGCUUCAGAACCUGUUAUGACUUGAGAAGGGAAAGAUCAGGUGAUUUUAAGUAUGUUUACAAGAACCUAAAGUACAAAGACAAAAUGUAGAGUUGCAUUUCUAUACUGUCCUCCCCAUCUGUCCAACAGAAUUUCAGUGCAGCCAGUGUUAAAAUUCUACAAGAACUAAUAUACAAAUCAUUCUACACUUGCCACCAGUUACAUAGCUUAUUCUAUCAGGACAGAUGGGGGAUUGUUAGAUUUGAUAAAAGUAGACAGGGAUAAUUUCUAGAUCAGAGUGGUACUGGAAAAGCAGAGCCGGUCAGGCUGCAUCUGAGGAGUAG